CCCUCUGCCCCACGGCCCCGCCUUCUGCGUGCUUCUUCCGGGUGGGCUGAGGCGGGGUCCAAGGCCAUGGCGUUCUGGGCGCUGCUCAGCCCAGGGGUGCUGGUGCGGACAGGGCACACCGUGCUGACCUGGGGAAUAACUCUGGUGCUCUUCCUGCACGAUACCGAGCUCCGCCAAUGGGAAGAGCAAGGGGAGCUGUUCCUGCCUCUCACCUUCCUGUUCCUGGUACUGAACUCCCUGCUGCUCUAUCUGGCUGUGUCACUCAUGGACCCCGGCUACGUGACUACCCAGCCCAAGCCUCAGGAGGAGCCCAAGGAGGAACAGACAGCCAUGGUUCCUCAGGCCAUCCCACUUCGGCGCUGCAGAUACUGUUUGGUGCUGCAGCCCCUUCGAGCCCGACACUGCCGUGACUGCCGCCGCUGUGUCCGCCGCUAUGACCACCACUGCCCCUGGAUGGAGAAUUGUGUGGGUGAACGAAACCACCCGCUCUUUGUGGCCUUCCUGGCACUGCAGCUGGUGGUUCUCCUGUGGGGCCUGUGCCUGGCCUGCGAGGACACCCUGGUGCCCCUACCCCAGGUCUGGCCUCCAUUUUUUCCAGCCCUGGGGCCUGUGGCUGCGGUCUAUGGGGCUGCUGUUCGCCACCUUCCUGCUGCUUUCCUUCUUCUCCUUGGUAGUUGGCCUGCUCCUGGCCUCGCACCUCUACCUGGUGGCCAGCAAUGCCACUACCUGGGAGUUCAUAUCCUCACACCGAAUCGCAUACCUCCGCCAGCGCGCCAGCAACCCCUUCGACAGAGGUCUGACUCGAAACCUGGCCCACUUUUUCUGUGGUUGGCCCUCUGGGUCCUGGGAGACCCUCUGGGCUGAGGAAGAAGAGGAAGGCAGCAGCCAGACUAUCUAGGGUUGCUGGAGAGAAGGCUGCCAUUGUGCCUGAAAACCAGAGGCUGUGCUAGCUAGGGAUCAACCCAACCAGCCUGAGCUCUUUACUCCUUCCCGGGGCUCCCAACUCUCACCAGACAGCAGACAGAGCCCCCCCCACACACACACAUCCAAGGAAGACACAGCAGAAAA